GAAUAAAGAAGAAGAAACUGUUGGGCUAACCAUAGCCGGUGCGUGAACUGAACAGGACCUAGAGUUGAUGGCUCAGUCUGAGGAACGGCUGCUGCGGCGAACGCGUCGGGCCCUGCUCUCUACGAACGACCACGUCUUGAAGAACUCCCUCAUCUACAUCUGUGGUUCGUGCCUUCUUCUGGUCGUCGUGUUUCUCACCCUCCUUCCAGGAGCCUUGUUCAACUACCUGCGUCGAGUACAUUUCCUCAAGGGUGUUAUAGCGGACGACGUAGCCCUCGACGCUUCUGAUGCUCCCCGGAGGUUUAUUGAGUCGCGAUCGCCAGCGAUCUUCUGCCAUUUAAAUCUGACAGCGUUCAGUAGGUUGCAAGAACUACGCUACUCUGUGUACGACGUGCCUGCCAACCGGUGCACCCAUGUCGUCUAUCCGUUACAUGGUUUGCAGGACUGGUUUGACGACAUGCUUAAUUAUGAUGCUUACCAAAGUGCGGCGCACCCUACGCUCUACAGCGACAUGGAAUACCUGCGAAAGAACUACAAAACCAAGGUCCUUGUCUACGUGGACACUCGUCGGGCGCAUCCUGAGCGGUACAAUCUCCUCGAAUGGGUGGGGCAGACGGAAUCGAUGGCGAUGCUUUUUGCCAGGAACUUGUACAAAUGGCUUCGCAGCAAUCGACUCGACGGCGUUGUACUGGAAGGCAUGUUUCCUACACCAGAGGAAGAGCGCCGCACAAUGUCCAGGCUUCUCAAGAAACUCUACACGCUAUUCAAACAGACGGGAAUGACGCUUGUGAUCGUUGUGCCAGCGGACAUCCCUCUCCUGCGAUCAAAGAUACACGGCCGGCAUCUGAGUCAAAACGUCCACUACGUCGCCAUUCGUAACUAUGACAGCGAACGGCCCGUGUACGAAGCUGUGCGUGAACGCAUGGUUGGCGGAAUUGACGGCUUAAAGAAAACGGUAUCUGCCGUGCUUGCGACGGGUGCCGCCUCCAAGAAGCUGUUGACGUCGCUCGCCCUGGACGGACUCUCCUUUCGUGUGCUAGAGAACGACACAGUUCCUGGGAUGCCCGGCCCCUAUACAAAUCAUUCUGGUGUGUUGGCGUACUUUGAGGUCUGCAGCAUGCUGCGCGAUACCGGAUGGCGACGCAUGGUCAUUGGGGGCAACCCCGUUGCAUUCAAGGGUCACGACGGAGUGAGCUAUGAAGACCCCGACAGCAUUGGAUUAAAGAUGUCAUUGGUCCGGAACCACUCUUUAGGUGGCGCUCUACUGUGGGAUGUCACGAGUGAUGACUAUCGUGGGCUGUGCGGAGAAAUCAACCCUAUCACGCGAGUCAUCAGCGAUGCUCUUUCCUCUACAGCUGCGAGAACGAAAUGAGACCUGACAUAAAUGCACUUUGUAACAGUAAACGUG